AUGCUGCAGAGCUUUCAGAUCCUCCAACUCGUAUUGCAACUCGCAGUUCUCGUACUGGUGAUCGCUGCUGUGUAUCUGCAGUCAUGGGCACUCACGUUUGCACCUGACGGCUAUUGCUUACGACUCACCAACGGCAGCUCCGAAUGUCAGUCGUUCCUGCACGCCAUUCUCGAGAACUCUCGACAACCUGAUGACUGGCCGAGUGAAGGCCCCGACGCUCUCGCAAUGGCCCCGUCGCAUCUAGAAAGCGGCAAUACAAACAACCAGGACUUCCUGAUCGCUGAGGCUCUGUCCUGUUGGUGUCACACACGUGGUGAACUCAGCUGGUACAUGCAGGGCGCACAAAAUGUGGCAUGUCUCGUUGUACUGGAGACCGUCAAGUAUACCAUGGCGCUGUGGGGAUUCUUUACGACGGUGAGUAUCGGACUGUCGUCGGUGUUCUACUCACGCAACGUCACAGCUUGUCACCCCUUGUCCAGCUUUACAAGUGCCCUGCUUGGGCUCUUGGUGACAGUGGCUUGGUGGUACUACAGCCACACAUACAUCGAUCGAGACUACCUGAACGAGCUUGCACUAAGCUGGCAACACGGUGGGUCCUACCACUGCGCAAUCGUAGCGUUUGCGCUAGCAACUGCUAAUGCGCAGAUCGCCUUCGACUCGACGGGUCCUGUUGGGGUUCCAAAGUACACUCGGCGUUUCAUCCGACCAAUGUCAAGAACUGAGCAACCCGAUGACUGGGAUCCCCUCUCCUGCCCAGCCAACUAUCUCGUGUAA